AGACGAAGAGAGCAACGGGAAAUCAGCAACUACAUCAUCGGAGAAAAAAACAACGACAGCGAGUUCAUCUUCGAAAACCGCCCGGUUCCAUUAUCAAAUGCAAAAAUGUCUGGGUCUGGAACUUUGCGCGACUUGUCAUGCAGGUUUUCCAUGCCCCAUAUGAUCUGUAAUGGAGGACCUAGCAUAAGAGAUUCCGUGAGAUCACUGUCAUGCGUAUCCUGCAUGAGAAACUGCCUCUCAACUUGAACAAAAGUGGACAGCAUUUGGUAAUCAUGCAACACAGAUUUUUGCGUGAUUCAGAUUUAGCAUGACAAGUUCCGACCUUCCAGACCCAGACAUUUUUGCAUUUGAUAUCCAUUUCAACAGUACGACGAUCGACCAAAACACGAAAAUCGAGCACGCAAAUAUCCUGUGCAAAAGUAUCGCACUCGUAUUGCAAUCAUGCAUUACAAAUUCUUUUCUUGAGGUAAAUCCGCAUUACAAAUUUCAUUUCUCACGCUGAGGAAAUUUGUGAUGCAUUUGUACGAAUGCGAUACUUUUGCAAUGCAUAGCAAAACUGCUCCUGCAAGUGGGGAUCCUCUCUUCGAACCAGUUCUUCGGGCAUCGGGAGAUCCUGCACAGCCGGCUCCUCCCGGUGUCCCUUGUUUCCGACGGUUUCUG